AUGAUGCCGAGGGAUCAUAACCAAAAAUUGAUCUCACUGACAGAACUAAGGCCCCAGAAGACCAUUCGUGAAAUGCAAUUUGUAAUGGCUCUGCGUGUGCAGCCUCGCAGCCCCGCCCGUCCCCUCGGGCAGCUGCAGCUGCAACGCCCCGCCCGGCCGCGGCUUCCCUGGCGGCGGCAGCGGCAGGUGAGCUCGGGGGCCCGGCGUCGGGCGUGGCCCCGGCGGGGAGGGCGGGCGUCCCGCUGCCUAACCUCCGCCCGGCGCAGCCACCGGGCCAGUGCCAGCCCCGCGUCAGUGCCCCGCGCAGCGCCAGCAUGUACGGCGUCCAGCAACACGUCCAGCCGACGCCGCUGCCUCCGCCCUGGAGCUCCCGCUCCCAGCCGGCCGUCCCGUCUCCGCCCCGCGGCUACUGCCCGGUGCCGCCGCCGCCGGCGCCCUCCCGCUCCUGCUUCGAGCCGCCGCCUUCGCUGCCCGCCACGCUGCCCCGCGCCCGUCAGAGCCCGCGCCCCGCUGCCCCUGCAGCUGGGCCAGCCCUACCCCGACCCCUUCCCGCCGCAGGAGGCUUGUAACGGCGGCGGCAGCGUGGUCUACGAGCGCGUCCGCACCUACAGCAGCCCCGGCGGGAAGCGGGUGCAGCUCCUGGACGCCCCCAACGGCUGCUCCCCCCGGGCGCUCUCGCCCUUCGACGCCAGCCCGGGAUACCAGCACGUGAUCUGGAGCAACGACCCCCCGUUGCAGGAAGUUCCAUCUCCAGCCUUGAAACUGUCUCCUUAUUCCCAGGGCAACGUUCGAAGGAUUAUCUUGGAGAAUCCUGAAAAGGAGCCACUGUCUCCACUUCUGAGAGGCGGGAAUAAUGUGAUCUAUGAAAAGACAAUAAGGAAAUACGAGCUGCUAAAUCCAGAUGAGGAGAAGCAGUACCAAUACCUGCAGCACACCCAGUCUGACCAAUGCCAAGUCAGCCAGCCAGUGGAACGAGUCCAAGUGGUUCAGCAACACACAACCAAUGCCUGUGAUUCUACUCCCAUCCGUGUCCAUGAUGUCGGAAAGACCAGCAUUAACAAAGUGAUCAUACAGACAUGUGAACCGGUGAAUGACCAGCUGGACUGCCGAUACUUCGGGGAGCUCCUAGCAGAACUGCAUCGCAAGAGCAAUGACCUGUACAGCUGUUUGCUCCAGCAUGUUGAGAAGCUGGGUGGAAGAAGGUGCGAUCUGGAAUCUCUGAAUGAUGCACAGGAUAUUGAGAGCUUGAUCCCGAAGGGGAUUUCGGAGUCAACAAAACAGCAGAUCCGUUACCUUCUGGAGAUGAGAGCCACAGCUGAUAAGUCCAUGCGGCUGGUGCUUACCACCUUCAGCAAUCUUCGAGAGGAGCUUGUCCACCUUCAGGAUGACUUAGAGAAACAGGAAAUGAACAAGAUGCUACUUGAGAAAGAUCUGUCUUUCAAAGAAGCUCAAGUAAAAGAAUAUGAGUUGAUGUUGGCAUCUGUGCGUGAGAAUAAUCGCCAGCAGCAGCAAGCCCUCCGCGAAUACACUCUGAAGUGCCGUUCCCUGGAAGAACAGCUGCUCUCCCUCCGUCACAACGACAGCGAGCGGGAAUUCCGGCUGAAAGACCUGGAAUACAGCAAGCGAGCCUUGGAGCAGGAAAUCCAGAACUUGAGACUCCAGGCUUCCACCAAUCCUCUGGGCCAGACCACCACUGAUGAACUUUCCAGCCGCUACGUAGAGAUGAUCAAUCAACUCAGAGAGGAUAAAGACCGAGAGAUCCGCACUCUGCGGUGCUCGUUGUCCGAAUUCCAGAAGGAUUUCUCAAGGAAGCAAGGGAGCGACACUGACCUUCAGAUGAGACUCCAAGACCUGAUCCUCAAGCUGGAGGAAAGGGAGGCUUGCAUCAAACGGCAGGAGGAGGAAAUCUUCAGAUUGAGGCAAGAAAAAUUAGCCAUCAACCCAUCCCAAGGAAUCACAAAGACCAUCAUCACAAAAAAAUACAGGAAUCAUUAUCCCAUCCUCGGCCUCCUGUCCGAUGACUACCAAAAUACGUCAUCCUCUGCGGGGGAAACUCAGACAAUCGUGAUUGAAAAAACUGGAGAAACCUGGCAGAAGGAUUCAUUUAAUUGUGAUUAAAGACCCACCAGCUUCUUUCAAGAAUGAGCAGAUCUGCUGGACAAGCUGUGGCUGAUCAGAAGACUCUGCAUCAAAAUGAAUAUCGUUGUGUUAUUGUUUUGCUUGCCCUCCACCUUCAUGUAAUGCUUAAAGCCUGAGAUAAUUCUGGAUCUGUCAGGGUGAAAGCACACACUACCAAAGGCAGCAUUUGAACAAGUUAUUCUCAGCAGUGGGUUAUUGCUUUCAAACUUAAUUGGUCAACUGAAGCUAUGUAUGGAUGUAUAGGAGUCAGGAAGGGAUGUGGGCUGGGGAAUUCAGAAAUCGCGUUUAUGCUAGCCAAGCUUCUGUCUUCUCCCUUCUUACGCCAAAGAGCUGAGAAACUCUAUCCGAUACCUGUCUGAUGCUUCAGUUUGCAGAGAUAAAUAAUUACCGAAUAAAUAGUUUUUUUUUCUUUA